CUUUGUUUCCGGUGCGUCUUGAUGACGUGACCACCCCGAGUUGCCAGCAGGCACCGGUGGUCGUUGAGAUGGUUACCCUCACGGAGCGCUGCCGUGGCGGCGGUGGAGGGUCUUUGUGGUCUCGGUGGUGGGUCCCGCUCUUACUGUUGUCCGCGUCCUCACUGCCGGUGGCCAGGGCCCUGGUGGAGGGUCUGUACUGCGGCACGGAGGUCUGCUAUGAUGUACUCGGGGUCACACGCGAGGCCCCCAAGGCUGAGAUCGCUCGUGCCUACCGGCAGCUGGCCCGGCGGUACCACCCGGAUAGGUUCAGGUCAGGAGAUCCGGAGUUGAAGGGAGAGACUGUGGAGUCUGCCAAUAAAAAGUUCCUCCUCGUUGCAACAGCAUACGAGACGUUAAAGGAUGAGGACACUCGCAGGGACUACGACUACAUGCUGGACCACCCCGAGGAGUACUAUCAGCAUUACUACGCCUACUACCGCCGGCAGCUCACCCCUAAAGUGGAUGUCAGGAUCGUCAUCCUGGUCACCAUUUGUGCCAUUUCUAUAUUCCAGUACUACAGUUGGCACAGCAGCUACAACGAGGCCAUCAAGUACCUGGUGACGGUCCCCAAGUACCGGAUCCAGGCAACCGCCAUCGCCAAGGAACAGGGCCUCCUGAAUCGGCCCAAGGAAAAGGGCAAGAACCGGCGCACCAAAGAGGAGAUCCGGGAACAGGAGGAGGAGGUGAUCCGUGACAUCAUCAAAACCAAGAUCGACAUCAAAGGAGGCUACCAGAAGCCCAAGCUGUCAGACAUCCUGUUGUGUCAAAUCGUGCUCUUCCCCUACUACCUGACCAACUACCUGACCUGGUAUGCUUCCUGGAUUUACCGCUUCACCCUCUGCAGGGAGGAGUACGGAGACCAGGAGAAGUUUUACAUCAUGAGGAGAUACAUGAAGAUGUCUCAGUCUCAGUUUGACAGUCUGGAUGAAAGCACCAGACAGUCCUUCCUGGAAAAACGGCUCUGGAUCAAGGAAAACUAUGAGCUGUACAGAGCAGAGCAGGAAGAGGAGAUGAAGGUGAAGAUGGCGACCGACCCGAGAAUGAAGAGGUACAGACGCUGGAUGAGGAAUGAAGGACCGGGACGGCUGACCUUCAUUGACGACUGACAGCCGCUGUCUAACAACAUGCCAUGUGGGGACUUACACCAAAAAAGACAAAGACAAACUUUAUAUUGUGAGAGAUAUUUUCAUAGCAACAAGGCUUCAUGCAAAAGAAGUGGAAUCCAGUGUUUACAUUUUAUUCAGUACAUUUCAUUUGACUUCUGUUGAAGGCUUACAGUGGAUCCCCGCAUAUUUGCAAUCUGACACUUUUUUGUGCUUUUUGGCACACUGGUAACGCUUGAGUUGCACAGAAAGGAAACUAACUUGCUUGCUGACUCACACGUCACAAACCAACAGCAGCUCAUCAACCUGAACGCCUAUCUCACUCACGGUGCAACAGACCAGUACCACACGGACAAUGCUUACACACUAAUAACAUACAUGUAAAACAAUACCAGCAUUACUAGAAUUUAUAACCUGCCAAAUGCACACUUCCCCAACAUGAUGUUACCCAGCAUGCUUUGUGGGUUAUAAGAUUAGUACUAUUGUUUUGCAUAGUUAUAAGUUCGGAAGCGUUUAUUUCGAUAUUAGUUACAUUGUGUGUUCCGCGUGUUCAUUUUUGGUUGCACCGUGAGUCAGGGAGGUGUCUGCUUUGAUCACCUCCUGUUAGUUUGUGUUAAGAGUGUCAAAAUUGCCUUUUUUUUUUUAUAGGUGUCUCAAUAACGCUAAUAGCGGAGAUUAUUGUAUUUGGUCAACAAUGUUUUCAUCCAGCACAAAAAAUACACACUGAUGCUGUCCAAAGUAUUGAACUCCCAUUUCUAUUGCAAUUUUGAUUUGAUGGUUCAUGCAAAAUACUGCAAGUUUAUAAACAUUGCAAAUAAAUACAAUUUGCAGUAAA